AUGGGCUGGUGGAAAGCAGAUCCAGUUCCUGAACAAUCUCCUUCGACAUCAACAAUCCAUCCGCACCCAAUGCCACCUUCAUCUUCAUCGACGCCUGACUCUACUUCAGCUUGUCCAAUCGACCACAAGACUCGAUCAAUAUGGUUACAACAGGCACAAAAGAACUCACAGACACAGACACCAUCAGCAGUACAAUCUCAUCCUCUACUUUCCUCGUCUCAACCACGACCCAGUCCGACAGCAGCUAACCCGACAUCCUUUGGCUCUCUCCAAGACUGCUCCUCCGACCGCAUAUGCAUAUCUCAAUCCCAAACCACUCCUCCAUCUUUGCCUGAAUACGAAUAUAAAAUGUCACGACCCCUCUCACACGAACGAGCCGUAUCCUCCAUCCCUCGCGCCAUGCCCUCGGACUCUAACAACUCAUCAUGGUCUUCGACGAUGCCCAUGAACAACGAAAUCGAAACCGGCACCUCCGCCGCCGGCAACUGGAUCUACCCCAGCGAAUCACAAUUCUUCCACGCCGUAAUGCGGAAGCAAACCACUUCAAACCCAUCUGACCUCCUCAGCUCCAUCAACCACAUCAUUCCGAUCCACAACGCGGUCAACGAGCGGGCCUGGACACUGAUCAAAGCGUGGGAAGGAAACUCGUCCGCACAAUGCGGUGGUCCUAAACUCCUCUCCUUCAAGGGCCUCGGCAGUGGUGCGAUCUCGCCUAAGGCCCGUAUCAAGAGUCUCAUGGGCUACACGGAGCCGUUUGACAGGCAUGAUUGGGUCGUGGAACGCUGUGGAGGCGAGACUGUCGAGUAUGUGAUUGAUUUUUACCAAGGCAAGGCAGAGGGCAAGGGUAAAGAAAAUUCCCUCAAUUUUUACCUUGACGUUCGGCCGAAGCUGAAUAGUUUCGAAGGCUGGAGGCUGAGGGCGGAGCGGUUUAUCGGUUGGAGGUGA